GCGGACCUACUGGAGGAGGCAGCCGACCUCCUGGUGGUGCACCGGGACUUCGCGGCCGCGCUGGACGCCUGCGACCGCGCGUGGCGGUGCCUGGGCCCCGCCGCCCCCGAGGAGCCAGCGAGCGCCUCCUCGGAGGUGAAAUGCGCCCUGUGCGUUGUGGGGAUCCAGGCCCUGGCUGAAAUGAAUCGCUGGCGAGAAGUCCUCUCUUGGGUCCUUCAGUAUUACCAGGCCCCGGAGAAGCUGCCCCCCAAAGUCCUAGAGCUGUGCGUUCUUCUCUACAGCAAAAUGCGAGAGCCUGGGGCCGUGGUGGACAUGCUUGGUGCCUGGCUCCAGGAGCCAGACAACCAGAGCCUUCCAGAGUAUGGAGGCUUGGCGGAACUCCACCUGCAGCGGGUGCUGUUGCCUCUGGGCCGGCUGUCUGAGGCCGAGGAGCUGGUGGUGGGCUCUGCAGCCUUUGACAAGGAGCAGCGGCUAGGUGUCCUGCAGGCCAUCCAAGCAGCAAGGCAGCAGCGGACACAGCAGCGCUCCGACUCCCAGGAGGCCCAGGAACUAAGCCAGGAAGGCUCUUCCCACCCGUUCCUGUCCCUGCUGAUGUUGCUUCGCCGGCUUUGGGACUCUGCAGUCAGCUACUACUUUUCCUUGCCCUUCAAAAAAAGCCUCCUGGCCGCCUUGAUCCUGUGUCUCUUGGUAGUGAGGCUUGACCCAGCCUCUCCGUCUUCCUUGCCCUUCCUCUACAAGCUGGUGCAGCUCUUCCGUUGGAUGCAGAAGGCCAUGUUUUCUCGCCUCUACUAGCCCCCAUCCACGGCCGAGUGGUCUCAUUCACCUCCCCUGCCUGCU